CGACGCCAUGGAGAAAGCAACACAGCAAUGGCAGCCAAAACGUGCUCGAGGAUAUUCCAGUCCUUCACCGCGACCAGUCGUAAGAGGCAAGCGAGGAGUUGCAGUCCUAACUUCAAUGCUUCUUGUGGUCGUGAUUUUCGUCACAACAGCUUCAUUUCGCCCAAGCUAUACUGAAUCGGCCACCAAAUACGGCAAGAGUGCGACCGCGUACGGCAUCCGCAAAUGGAAGGAGACCGAGGAGAAAUUUAUGGGAUCCUGGAAUAAGUAUGAGGAGGAGAACUUUCCCACUUCCAAUCCUGAGAUGAUCUCUGCCAGCAGCGAGCGUUACGAGGACCACAUCAGCGAGCCUCAUCCAGGAUUCAAAGGCAUUGGUGGCGUCACCAAUGUUGGCGAUUCGGUCUUGCAGCCAGACACAAAGGACCAUGUUCCAGUCGUUCAGCCAGAAGCCGAGCCAGAAGUAAAUCUCCAUACAGGCACUACCCAUACAGUGCCGUCCGAGCCAGCAGUCGAAGAUCUCAGAGCAUUAGGAGGCGUGGCUUCGCACCAGGAGGAGAGCUCUCAAGGUCCUACUGAGCAGGUCAACAGUAACCUCGCAGGCCUCGGUGGCGUUGCUUCUUAAUUGCUCGGCAUGCAGUGCACGUCGCUAUUUGCAUAUAUCGCCAAGAACACCUGGCGUUAGCUGCUGCAGCUGCUAAGCAUUAAGACGCGCGUCAGGACAGCAUAAUCGGGGCUCAGCUUUUUGAUAGACCACGGACAGCUCAACAGCAUCGAGCUCGUCCUCAAGCUUAUCAACAAUGCCAUAACCGGGGUCCUCGGCCAGGAAACGUGCCUCCCCAGAGAACCCAGCACAGGAGGGCACGACCGGAGAGGUCUCAGCAGAACGAGCCGGAAAGGAUGAGUUUACGAAUAAUGAUCGUGGAAGGGAGGCACAUGAGCGCAUGUGUCGCAGUGCAUAGGGAAAGACCCGUUUACAGCAGCAGAGGUGCUGAUUCGCGUCAGUAGAUUCAGACGAGCUCAAGCCUCGUACGGAUUGAAAAUACAUCAGCUUUUGUCUGCUCUCCCUCCAGCCUUCUAUCCAUGAUACUGCUGCGAAUUCGUACUAUAACAAUCGAUAGAGUACAUCCCC